AUGGGCUUCCCAGGACAAAGGGGACUGCCUGGCAUCAACGGUGCAAGAGGAGAUCCAGGCUUCCCAGGUGUUUCUGGACUACAAGGAGACCCAGGAGAGGAGGGAGAUCGUGGGCUGCCUGGUCUUCCUGGAUUCUCUGAUGCGGAUGGGGAUAAGCCAGGCUUACCUGGAGAGAUGGGACCAAAAGGCGAAAAGGGUGAAUUAGGAUCUCCUGCUUAUCAGGUGGGCCCACCUGGCUUUCCGGGGAAGCACGGCACACCGGGACUCCGUGGUCCGCCUGGUCCUGCUGGAACCCCUGAUCAGAGGGAAAAUGGUACCAGAUGCUUCACUAAGGAGCACAGCAUCAGGGCAAGAAGCAAUGGUCACAAGCUGCAAGAAGGCAAGUUCUACUUGGGUAUUAGGAAAACCUUUUUUACCGUGAGGGUGGUCAGACACGGGAACAGAGAGGUUGUAGGCUCUCCAUCUUCGGAGACAUCCAAUAUUCAACUGGACAAGGCCGACAGGAGGGGACGCCAGGUCGAUUUGGCCUGCAAGGCUUCCCUGGGCCAAGAGGACAAAAAGGGCCUAAAGGCGAGGAAGGGGAUUGCAGUAAAUGCCUUGUGGGUGACGAAAUCAGAAGGGGCUCUACUGGCCCCCCUGGCCCUCCUGGCUUUCCAGGAACCCCUGGCCAGCCUGGGAGGAAAGGAGAACCUGGUGAUCAAGGACCACAUGGUCUUCCUGGCUACCCGGGAGCAAAAGUGCUGUGCUGUGUGGUAUGCCAACUGCAUCGUGGUUCCUCACAGUCAGAACAGACUGCAGGAGGUCGCAUCUCUCAAGAUUUUAGAAAAAAAAUUUUGUAAAGCUGACCCAAGACUGAUUUUUGUUUAUGCAAAGGCGUCAGAGUGA